AUGCUGGCGGCCUUGUGGCAGCCUAUUGUGGAGAAAGGUCUGAGUUUCGCGGUCAAAUCGGCGCAGACCGGCGAAACGAUCGGGGUCACUGUCAACUUCGACUUCUGGGACAAGCCCCGUAUAGUAGUGAACUCCAAGUUGACGAUUGUUCACGACUUCCAUGCGUACUUGGAGGAACCGAUCAGAGAUUAUAUAUUGCCGAAGAGUAAAGAUCAGAUUAUUUACAGCUUGAUGAUGUCGACCAGCAGCGAGCUGAACGCCGCGGAGAACGUGCUCGUGAUGAGGCAGAUGGAGGAGUACUGCUUGGAACUGACCAGGCGGGAGAAGUACGCCAGCAUUUUCACGAUAAACACCAAUCCGCUCACACAGCAACUGUCUAUGGACGUGUACGGUUUCGAGCCGAUUUUGGUAUACCAAGUGAAUAAGUAUGAGAGACCCGACGACAGCAAGCCUUUCGGUAAGGCUCCCGACAGCCAAUUGGUGAUAUGCUCACUGAAGAUGAUCAACUGAAGCGAUUGAAAUUACUUAAAUUGAAAAAUCUUUUCAAUACGAUCGACCGAUACGACCGGUUCCCCGUAGUGUAAUGCUUUAGAACUCUGGACUUUGAAUCCAGCGAUCCGAGUUCAAAUCUCGGUGGGACUUAGUAGUGUAAUUUACUUUUUUCUUCCUUUCAUUCUUACAUGUAAAUAUUUUAACGACACAAGUGCAUGAAAUAC